CCGGUCCGCUUCACCCGCAGACGAGCCGCGGAGCGCCUUGCCAGGGCGCCCCCACCUCUCCUGAGGCCGCGAGUGCCCCAGCUGCAGGGCCGGCCUCCCCGCCCCACCCGCGGGGAUCGCGCCUGGAAGGGCAGAGGCCCGGAGCGGCCAAGGAGAGUGGAGGCAGUGGCCCCGCUGCGUCCAGGUCCCGCGCCCUCCCGGGGAGCAGGAGGAGGAGCAGAAGGCCAAGGCAAAGUCCCGCUCCAAGAUGCCGCCGUUCUGGGCACUCGCGCUCCCACUGCUGCUCCCCUGGGUGGCAGGUGGAUUGGGUAACGCGUCCAGUCCAAGCGAUCACGGGUUGUCGGCACCAGCUCUCCAGCCUGGGGUCUGUCGCUAUGGAACCAAACUGGCCUGCUGCUAUGGCUGGAGGAAGAGCAGCAAGGGAGUCUGUGAAGCUACGUGUGAACCUGGAUGCAAGUUUGGGGAGUGUGUGGGACCAAACAAAUGUAGAUGCUUCCCAGGAUACACUGGGAAAACCUGCAGUCAAGAUGUGAACGAAUGUGGAGUGAAACCCCGGCCGUGCCAACAUAGGUGUGUGAACACUCAUGGGACCUACAAGUGCUUUUGCCUCAGCGGCCACAUGCUCAUGCCAGACGCCACGUGUGCCAACUUGAGAACAUGUGCCAUGACAAGCUGCCAGUACGGCUGUGAAGACACGGAGGAAGGGCCGCGGUGUCUGUGUCCGUCCUCGGGACUCCGCCUGGCCCCAAACGGAAGAGUUUGUAUGGACAUUGACGAAUGUGCCUCUGGUAAAGCCGUCUGCCCUUACAACCGAAGGUGUGUGAACACAUUUGGAAGCUACUACUGCAAAUGUCAUGUUGGUUUUGAGCUGAAAUAUAUCAGUGGCCGAUAUGACUGUAUAGAUGUAAAUGAAUGUGCUGUGAAUACCCACACAUGCAGCCUGUACGCCAAUUGCCUCAACACCCAAGGAUCCUUCAAGUGCAAGUGCAAGCAGGGAUAUAAAGGCAGUGGACUUCAGUGUUCUCUUAUUCCUGAGAAGUCUGUGAAGGAAGUCGUCAGAGCACCUGGUACCAUCAAAGACAGAAUCAAGAAGUUGCUUGCUCACAAAAACAGCAUGAAAAAGAAGGUAACAAUUAAAAAUGUCAUCACAGAACCUGCUGGGACUCCCAGCCCUAAGGUUAACUUGCGGCCCUUCGACUCUGAAGAGAGCGUUUCCAGAGAUGCGAGCUCUGGUGGAGAAAAAAAAGGGAAUGAAGAAAGAAAGAACAUGGGGCUGGAGGAAGAGAAAAGAGACAAGGCAGUCCUGAAGAACCAUGUGGAACAGGAGCAAAGCCUUCGAGGAGAUGUGUUUUUCCCUAAGGUGAAUGGAGCAGAUGAAUAUGGUCUGGUUCUGGUCCAAAGAAAAGCUAUAACAUCCAGACUGGAACGCAAAGCAGAUUUAAACAUCUCAGUUGACUGCAGCUUCGACCAUGGGGUCUGUGACUGGAAACAGGAUAUAGAAGAUGAUUUUGACUGGAAUCCUGCUGAUCGAGAUAAUGCUCUCGGCUACUAUAUGGCAGUUCCAGCCCUGGCAGGCCAUAAGAAGGACGUUGGCCGAUUGAGACUUCUCCUCCCUGACUUGCAGCCCCAAAGCAACUUCUGUUUGCUCUUUCAUUACCGGCUGGCUGGAGACAAAGUAGGGAAACUUCGAGUGUUUGUGAAAAACAGUAACAAUGUCCUGGCAUGGGAGGAGAGCACGAGUGAGGAUGAAAUGUGGAGGACGGGGAAAAUUCAGUUGUAUCAAGGGAUUGACACUAACGAAACUAUCAUUUUUGAAGCCGAACGUGGCAAAGGCAAAACUGGAGAAAUUGCAGUGGACGGCGUCUUGCUGGUGUCAGGCUUAUGUCCAGGCAGCCUUUUAUCUGUGGAUGGUUGAAUGUUACUGUUGUCUUUUAUAUCUUUAUAUUUGGCUUUUUAUGUCAGUUCUCUGUUUUUUGAUAUGAUAUCAUAAAUGCACCUCCAUUUUAGAAAUACUGAAAAAUUGUAAUGUACGAACAUUACUGUAAGAUGCCUGUCUUGUAUAAGAUGUAUCAAUAUUUGCUUUAAAUAUAGUACUACUGUGUCUUCUCAUUCAUUUCUGAUUUUAUAAAAUGUGGAAAUGUCA